AUGUCUUCCAAGAUUAUCGUCCUUGGAAGCGUGGACUGCCAAUUGCAAGCGACAUUCACUAAAUUGGCGAAAUUGCAAGCGAAGCAGAACUUUGCCUUUGCAAUUCUUGUCGGCAAUCUCUUUGGCGACUGCUCGACAGAGGCUGAGCUGGAUGAGAUCUCCGCCUUGCUCAACGGCAGCAUCAAUGUUCCCUUACCAACCUACUUCACGUUGGGUGAUCGGCCACUGCCAACCCGGAUUGUGGAGAAAAUCGAGGCCGACGAUGAAGUCUGCCCUAACUUGUACUUCCUUGGGAAGCGAGGCACCCUGAAGACUUCAGAGGGCAUCCGCAUUAGUGCUCUCGGCGGUAAACUGGGCAGCAGCACAGACGCCCAGUCCAAGCCUGAAUCAAACCUCGGCGGCAGGUUCCAACCGACAUACAGCGAGUCUGAUGCUCGCGCACUGUUCGGAACACACAGCGCAGAUAUCCUGAUCACCUAUCAGUGGCCCAAGGGAAUCCGCUUCGGUUCUCAAGUACCUCUACCCGAAGACAAGGCUCUCCUGCCAUCCGAAGUACAAUGCGUGUCCGACAUUGUCGCAACCCUUAGGCCCCGCUACCACUUCUCCGCAUCGGAUGGCUUCUUUUACGAGCGCGAGCCAUUCUUCCACAUGCCAACCGAAGGCAGCCCCGACGCCAAACCCUUAACCCGCUUCAUCUCGCUCGCCGCCUUCGGCUCGAAGCAAAAAGCCAUGUACGCCUUCACGAUAGACCCGAAGGCCGCGCCGCCAAUUACAGUGCCAGCAGGCGUAACAGCAUCACCACUCUCUGCACCCCAAUCCAAACGCAAAGGCCUACCGCCCCAGCGCGAAUCAUUCCAGCGCUUCGCGGCCCCUGACGAGGACCAACGGCCUCGCAAGCGCCAUCAACGCGCCCCGCCACCAGGCCCAGACCAAUGCUUCUUCUGCCUCUCAAACCCUAACAUUGCAACACACCUCAUCACCUCCAUCGGCAACGAAGCCUACCUAACAACCGCCAAGGGCCCUCUCCCUCCAAACAAUUACUUCCCAGACCUGGGUUUCCCAGGCCACAUGCUCAUCAUCCCAUUCAGCCACUCGCCCACCCUAAGCACAAUCCCUGACCCGGAAAUGCGAACAAAUACAUACAACGAGAUGCAGCGCUACCGCUCCGCCCUCCACCAAAUGAUCACAGAUCGCUCCUCCGGUAAACUCGGUGCCGUAACGUGGGAAGUCAGCCGCGGCAGUGGUAUUCACAUCCACUGGCAAUUCCUUCCCAUGCCCGCAGAUCUAAUCCGAGGCGGGCUCGUCGAGGCAGCUUUCAAAGUUGAAGCUGAGAACCUCUCCUAUCCACGGUUUACAUCCACGACUGCCUCAGCCGACGGAAGUAACGAGCCGGGUGAUUUCUUCCGGGUGUGGAUCUGGAGUUCCGGACAGACUCAAGACGAGUCAUCAGAGGAGAAAGUAGAGGCAUCGGAGAAGACGCUCAUGCUUGAAUUAACGCCAGACUUCAGAUUCGAUCUGCAAUUCGGACGACGCGUUAUGGCGAAGCUACUAGAGCUGGACAAGCGGAUGAAUUGGAAGGAUGCGACGCAGGCUGUCGAGGAAGAGGAGGGUGAUGCGGAGGCUUUCAAGGAGGCGUUCAAGAAGUAUGAUUUCUCUAUGGAGUGA